CUUGGAACCGAGUGCGUUGUCCGGGUGCUAGAGUGUCCUCGAUGGGUAUCAUAGGAUGGCUUUGCAGAGGUGUUCGUGAUGGCGUUGCCGUGGCUGCUCGUUUUGGAGCUCGUACUUUACGCAGGCUGUUUCAUCUGUGGAAUAAUGUCCGCUGCCUCGCUGACAAUCACCCAGGUACGAAUGCAUUCAUGUUUGAAAUGUCGGAACUUUCAACUGCAUAUGAUACAUUCUAAACUUGAGCACUCUUUUUAUCCCUGUAUAACAAAAAAAAUUAUCAAUAGACAUUUAUUGACAACAUUUCCACACAGCCUAGGCUACUGUCUACUGUCGCUCUCCUCAAACCGACACUAGGCUAUUGGUAAACUGCUAGGUGUCUAGCAUACUGUACAUUGGAUAGGUUUUUAUCGUCCUCUCAACAAUGGGUCAAACUUUUGGGUGCUACAUCCAUUAUGGAAGAUUUUAUCAGAUUUUAAAGAAACUUUCUCCCAUAUUAUGUUGUCUUUAUCUGCUUUAAUCUCAGAAUUUGUAACACAACCCAAAACAUGGGGGCUAGCCUAGGAGCAAAUAAUGAGAAAUUAUUUAUUAAUAAAUUAAAUCAGCAGAGAUAAUCAUGUGAAGUCAGGGAAUAUCAUUUAUGACUCUCCACUAGGCCUACAGGCGUAUACAAUGUCUUAGUGGACUUCACCUAAAUGCAAAAUUGUUGCAAUACAGUGACUUUGCAAUAGAUUAGGUUACCAUUCCACAUAAAAAUACUGUACUAACUAUAGAAAUGUAGUAUACUGUAGAAUACUAUACUGCACUCUGUAGUAUCCCUCGAUUGUGUGUUGUACUUACUACAGAAUUUUGUAGUAUACUGUAGAAUACUAUACUGCACUCUGUAGUAUCCCUCGAUCGUGUAGUGCUAACUACAUAAUUUUGUAGUAUACUGUAGAAUACUAUACUACACACUGUAGUUUCCUUCGAUCGUGUAGUUCUUAUUAUUGAAUUUUGUGCCACUCAUGACUGAAAAACCUACAUGCCAAGUAUAUACCAUAUAUUGUGUUCCCUACAGGUUAUGGAAAAGAGCAGAAGUCCUGAACAUAACCGUGCAGAACACUGUCCUACCUAAAUACAGGUUAUGGACAUUUGCUAUUUUAGUGUUGUUCAGUAAGAUUCCUCAAGGAGAAAGCCCCCCUCCCAAAAAAAAAGAGAAUAAAAAAGAGAAUAAAACAAAAACACUGCAGUGCGUAUUAUAGUUAAGUGAUAAUGCACGAGAAGCCGGUGUUUGGAGGAUAUAUUGGCACGGGUGUUGUUAGGCCCGAGACGAUAUAUAUGAUAUAUAUAUUACUAUAUAUAAAUAUAGUAAUACUACAGUAUACUACAGUAUUUUUCAUGUGGGAUUUUGAUACAGAUGGCAAUGACUGUUUGAAAUGAAAUGUGUUGAGAGACAGGAAAAUGAAACAUGAGUUCUACAUUCAGAGUCCUCCCUGCUGUUUCACAUGGCCCAGUGGCACCAUAUAAUCAUCAUCUAAUGUCCUAAAAGAAUAUAGCUAUACAUUUGUGCACAUGAAUGGAUGAAUGGAAUUUCUCAAGCAUUCCAUUUCAAGUUGAAUUAAGCUCGCCUGUGCAUCCCUAUCCAGGCCAGGAAACACAGUGAAGUCUGUGUGUGACAGACAGGCUCUGUGCAGCUGCCUAUUAAGGGAUGUUUAAUUUGAGAGCGUGUGUAUCUCGCCACAGCUGACCAAGCUCUCUUGCUGUUAAUGUCCAGUGAAGAUACUUUCCAUUGUUAUAGGUUGUGUAAAGUGCAUUACAUCCUUUCAAUUGCAUACAGUAGGAUACAUUGUAUAGUUAUACUGAAUGCAUCUGUAUUAUGUGUGUGUCAUGCAGGGCCACUUUACAGGCCAGUGCAUUCUUUAUGGGACUGUUGAGUACAACACAUCUGGCCUGGUCCUGGAGAGCCCCAGCCAUCCCUCCCUCUGCUACUUUGUGUCAGCCAUCUCUGUAUCUGUUGCCGUCUACUGCCUCUCCCUCACCCUCUACUGGAUCUACACCAGUUGUGUGGAAGAGGAGGUCAAGAGGUGAGAGACAGACUCUAUUGCCCAGCAAUUGUGUUAAUCAUCUCGAUUUCCAUGCCCAGUAGUGUGGCAUCAAAGCAGAAAUUAUUUGAUUUGUUUGUUGUUGACUUUCUUUACUUGUAUUUCUUUACUUCCUGUCCUGCACCCCCAGGGAAAGACUAUGGCUGAAUGUGACUCUGGGGGUGUGUAUGAAGAUAUUGUUUUUCCUGGCGGUGUCAGGAUGUACCCUGAGGAUCGGCAGGGACCGCCUCUGUCUGUCUGCCCUCCACAAUGUGCCCUCCAUAACCAGGUGAGAGGGUUGCGUUUUUUGUUCUGUCUUCUCCCAUAUCACCUCUUUGCUCAGUACCCUCCUUUUUCUCAUACUGUAUGUGAAAUGUGAAAUAUUGUAUGCUGUUCUUGUUCAUUUGGAGGACUUCUUUCAUUUCAGUUGUGAAGAAGCCGAGAAUAAAACCUGGGUCAGUCCCUACGAUGGAAAUCAGUUCUACACAGGCUUGUAUGAUGCAGAGGUCUGUCCUGACACUGUGCAUAUAAUAAUAUUAACUAACACAUCAAAACGUUAUUGCCUUAUCAGACCACAAGCUGCUUCAAAACCACAGAUACUUUUUUAUAGUCCAUGUGUUGUCAUUGUUAUUUAUUUAUUUAAAUAUUUUAUUCUUCAUCUCUGUUUUCUUCUUUUGUCAUUCCCAGAAGUCUGUGUGGGUGAACUUCUUCUUCUGGGUGCUGAUCGUGGUGGUGGUGUUUGUCCAGAAACGCCAGGGGUUAGGCUCAGGGUCAGAAUGGAGCGUGUCUGAAACAGAGCCCUUCUUCCACCGUCCUGUCUGACCCCAUCGACCACACAUAGCCAGAUGGGUGCCAUAAUGGUCGUUUUCCUCUGCUCAGACGUUGCUGACGCAUGCCAGAUCUUACAACGCCUACAUAGGUAUUUUACGUAUCAGCUAACCAUAUCAUAUGUUAUAGCAAUCUGGUGCCCAACGGCAAAGUCUAUGAUGUGGCACACAACCAUUAGUUGAUGCAUGCAACGUCUGAGCAGGGCAACACAACCAAUGUGUCCCUGCAUGCAACAACCUAGUUUUGGCCCAAGCUCAAGACAGGGAUAACAGUGGGUUAUAAAACAGGAUGUACUCAAUUAUUGGUAAUGUAAUUAGAUUCCACUGCAGUAUGUAAUAGCCAACCAUACACGUUUGUGAGAGUGUGAUUUGAAGGAGUCAGGCGCAGGAGGGUAAAUCAAAGAAUACAGAGUUUAUUCCGUAGUACACGGUUACGUCAACAACAAAUACAGGCACACGGGGAAAAUAUACCCCAGCAAUACAAAGUACAGGUAGCUCCACCGAGCUCCAAUCAUCUCACAUGCAACAAUCAACCACAAGGACAAAGGGGCAGAGGGAACACUUAAACACAUACUAAUGAGGGGAAUAAGAACCAGGUGUGUGUAAUUGACAAGACAAGACAAAUGGAAUGAUGAGAUAUGGAGCGGCAGUGGCUAGUAGGCCGGUGACAACGAACGCCGAAGCCUGUCCGAACAAGGAGGGGAGGCAGCUUCGUGACAGUACCCCCCCCCCCCCCCCACCCUUGACGUGCAGCUCCAGCAGCGUGCCGACCCGGGGACGGCCAUUAGGACGCAGAGCAGGGUGAGCCGGAUGGCGACGGUGGAAAUCCCACACCAGGGAGGGAUCGAGGAUAUCCCUCACCGGGACCCAGCACUGUUCCUCCGGACCGUACCCCUCGAGGUACUGAAGGCCCCCCACCCGACGCCGCGAAUCCAAGAUGGAACGGACGAGGUACGCCGUGGCCCCCUCGAUGUCCAGAGGAGGCGGCGGGACCUCCCGCACCUCAGACUCCUGGAGCGGACCAGCCACCACCGGCCUGAGGAGAGACACAUGAAACGAGGGGUUAAUACGGUAAUCAUGGGGGAGUAAUAACCUAUAGGUAACCGCGGGCUCAGCUUCCGGAAGGGCAGGCGGAGGGGCAGAUUCUGGGUCAAGAACCAGACCCGAUCACCUGGUACGAAGACCGGGGCCUCACUGCGGUGGCGGUCAGCGUUGGCCUUCUGACGACGCACGGCGCGUUGAAGGUGGAUGUGGGCAGCGUCCCACGUCUCCUCCGCAUGCCGAAACCAGUCAUCCACCGCAGGAGCCUUGGUCAGGCUCUGGUGCCACGGUGCCAGAACCGGUUGGUAACCUAAAACACAUUGGAAUGGCGUUAGGUUAGUGGAGGAGUGACUGAGAGAGUUCUGGGCAUAUUCGGCCCAUGGCAAGAACACCGACCACUCCCCCGGCCGGUCCUAGCAGUAGGACCGCAGGAACCUACCCACAUCCUGAUUUACCCAUUCCACCUGCCCAUUAGACUCGGGGUGGAAACCAGAGGUCAGGCUGACCGAGACCCCCAGACGUUCCAUGAACGCCUUCCAGACCUUGGAUGUGAACUGGGGACCUCGGUCAGACACUAUAUCCUCUGGUACCCCGUAGUGCCGGAAGACGUGUGUAAACAGGGCCUCCACAGUUUGCAGGGCCGUGGGGAGACCGGGCAGAGGAAGGAGGCGGCAGGCCUUGGAAAAGCGGUCCACAACGACCAGGAUGGUGGUGUUACCUUGGGAGAGGGGAAGAUCAGUCAGGAAAUCAACACUCAGGUGAGACCAUGGUCGUUGUGGAGCUGGUAAAGGUUGUAACUUACCCGCUGGGAGGUGCCUAGGUGCCUUAUUCUGGGCGCACACCAAGCAGGAGGAGACAUACACCCUCACGUCCUUAGCCAAGGUAGGCCACCAGUACUUUCCGGUCAGGCAGCGCACUGUACGACCGAUACCUGGAUGACCAGAGGAGGGUGACGUGUGUGCCCAGUAGAUCAGACGAUCACGGAUAAGAGCAGGCACAUACUGCAGCCCAGUUGGACACUGAGGUGGAGAUGGCUCUGUGCGUAAUGCCUGCUCUAUAUCCGCGUCCAUCGCCUAUACUACCGGCGCCACAAUGCAGGAGGCCGGGAGUAUGGGGGUGUUGUCUCUGGGCCUCUCCUCUGUGUCAUACAGCCGUGACAAUGCGUCUGCCUUCACGUUCUUCGUACCUGGGAUGUAUGAUAGUGUGAAAUCAAACCGGGUGAAUAAUAGGGCCCACCUGGCCUGGCGAGGAUUCAGCCUCCUCGCUGCCCGGAUGUACUCCUGGUUACGGUGGUCUGUCCAGACGAGGAAAGGGUGUUUCGCCCCUUCGCGCCAAUGCCUCCACACGGUCAGGGCUCGGACAACAGCCAACAGCUCCGAUCACCAACGACGUAGUUCUGCUCCACCGGGCUGAGCUUCUUAGAGAAGAAGGCACAUGGGCGGAGCUUGGGUGGCGUGCCCGAGUGUUGAGAUAGGAUAGCGCCUAUCCCUACCUCGGACACAUCCACCUCCACUACGAACGAUAGUGAUGGUUUGGGGUGGGCCAGUACCGGGGCUGAGGUGAACAGACCCCUCAGGUUACUGAAAGCCCUGUCAGCCUCAGCAGACCAGUGGAGCCGGGAUGGCCCCCCCUUCAACAGAGAUGUAAUGGGAGCUGCGACCUUGCCAAACCCCCGGAUAAACCUCCGAUAGUAGUUGGCGAAGCCAAGAAAGUGCUGCACCUCCUUAACCAUGGUUGGAGUCGGCCAAUUACGCACGGCUGAAAUGCGAUCUCACUCCAUCUCCACACCUGAGGUGGUAAUGCGGUAUCCGAGGAAGGAGACGGACUGCUGGAAAAACAGACACUUCUCUGCCUUCGAUCACUGAAGGAAUGAGGGGGAGAGGAUAACUGAAUCGUAUCGUCUCCUUGUUCAGUGAUCGAUAAUCAAUGCAAGGGCGCAGACCGCCGUCUUUCUUCUUCACAAAAAAGAAACUUGAGGAGGCGGGCGAAGUGGAGGGACAUAUAAACCCCUGGCGCAGGGACUCGGUGACGUAUGUUUCCAUAGCCUCCGUUUCAGCCUGUGACAGGGGAUACACAUGACUCCUGGGAAACAUAGCGUCUACCCGGAGGUUUAUCGCGCAAUCCCCCGCCCGAUGAGGUGGUAACUUAGUCGCCUGCGUUUUGGAAAACACGUACGCCAAAUCGAGGUAUUCGGGGGGAAUGCUCACGGUGGAGGUACUGUCUGGACUUUCCACCGUGGUUGCACCAACGGAAACACCUAGACACCUACCCUGACACUCUCGCGACCACCCCGUGAGAACCCUCUGCGGCAAUGAGAAGGUGGGGUUGUGGAGUGCUAACCAAGGGAUACCUAAUACCACAGGGAAAGCAGGAGACUCAAUAAUAAAGAAAGUGACUUGCUCACAAUGAGUCUCGUGGGUAAUCAUGGUGACUGGUGCUGUAACUUCCCUAACAAACCCGGACCCUAAUGGUCGACUAUCAAGUGCUCUGAUGGGGAGUGGAAUGGAUAGGGGAACCAAUGAAAUGCCUAGACUGUGUGAGAAUGUCCUGUCCAUAAAGUUCCCAGCUGCGCCUGAAUCGACUAGCGCCUUACACUGGGGAACUACCAUGUGAUCAGGAAAGUAGAUGGGUAGGAUACAGUGCGCAGCAGAGGGCUCUGAAAGAGUGUGGGUGUUCGAUACCUGGGGUGAUGCGAGAGUGCCCUGCCUGCCAUCUCCAGACCCAAAAGAACGCUGACGACAUUGUGCGGUGUAAUGUCCCUUCGUGCCACCAGAGUGACACUGGCGCUGUCAUCUUCCGCUCUUUCUCAUCGCCACUCCACCCAGCUCCAUCAGCUCGGGAUCCAAGUCGGGCGGGGUUGGAAUGGGCCGACCCCCUCCAGGACGUCCUCUGGCCGCCAGCAGGUUGUCCAAGCAGAUGGCCAUGUCCACCAGUUGUGUGAAGGACAACAUGGUGUCCUGGCAGGCUAGCUCCUUUCGGACAUCCUCCCGCAGAUGGCACCGGAAGUGGUCGAUGAGGGCCCGCUCGUUCCACCCGGACCCAGCUGCUAGAGUCCGGAACUCCAAGGCGAAGUCCUGGGCAGUCCUCGUCCCCUGCCUCAGGUGGACCAGCUGCUCGCCCGCCUCCCGACCCUCAGGCGGGUGAUCGAAGACAGCCCGAAAGAGGCGAGCGAACUCCCCAUAGUUGUCCAACGUGGCUCCUCCUUCGUUCCAGACCGCGUUGGCCCACUCCAGGGCUUUCCCCGAGAGGCAGGAGACGAGGACUGCGCAGGACUUCGCCUUGGAGUUCCGGACUCUAGCAGCUGGGUCCGGGUGGAAGGAGCGGGCCCUCAUCGACCACUUCCGGUAUGAAUGAUGAUAUAUGGACCGGCAGUGGCUAGAAGGCCGGUGACGAUGAACACCGAAGCCUGCCCGAACAAGGAGGGGUGGCAGCUUCGGAGGAAGUCGUGACAACGUUUUACUUAAUUUAGCUGAAUUGGCCCCAAUUCAUUUGGAUAAGUACUUUUAUUAAAUAUAUCAAACUAAGAUUCCUUUUAAUAAAGCCGCUCCGUACUGACAUUAAAGGCAUUAUAACCUCUAAUUUAGGCCAUCAAUGGGGCACCCUAACUACAAUGUGUUUUCCCUUUGGAAUAGUCGGAAUAGUACAAUUAACAUUGGAAGUAAUUUCUUCCAUUUUUGUAUACUUAUCAGUUUAACUAAUUAGUUACACAAUUCAGUCCCUUCCUGUUACAUAAGAUGACCUGCUCAAUGUAUACUGCACUGAUUGAUGUAACAGCUGUGAAAGACAAAUAUUUCCUGUGAAGUGUAACAUAUGUUUUUGUCAAAACAAAAUCUGUCCUUGCUAUAUUAAUGAAGUACAGUUACAUUGUUAAUAGUUAUUUUCUAGUACUGAAUAUGAGUUACCAUGGGAACAUUUUAUGACAAAAAGGUUUGCAAAUGAAUAAAAAACAUUGUUCCAGAUUCACUCCAUCACAACCUUUAUAAAUGGUAUUAACUACAGUAAAUCUCCAUUCCCAACCACUGCUACAUUCUGUCCCUCCUCUAACCAUCAAUCCAUCCCUCUCCUCACUGCUACAUUCUGUCCCUCCUCUAACCAUCAAUCCAUCCCUCUCCUCACUGCUACAUUCUGUCCCUCCUCUAACCAUCAAUCCAUCCCUCUCCUCACUGCUACAUUCUGUCCCUCCUCUCACCAUCAAUCCAUCCCUCUCCUCACUGCCCUCUUCUUCACUCCCUCUUCCUCUCAAUCUCUUACAGUUGCUUGCUGAGUUUGCGAGCUUGUCUUUCUUUUGCUUCAAUGGCGGCCUUGGUGUCCAGGAGCUGCUCCAGCAGCCUGCGUAUGUUAAACAUGUCUAGCUUCUAUCUGCUGGCCCAGGCCCUGGCCCUCUUCCCCCUGCUGAGCUAUCACUAG